AUGUCUCGCCAGUCCUUUGGCAGCGCAAGCGAGAGUUGGUGGGCCGGGCUCAGCGUCAGCUCGAUGCUCCGCAUCGCGAGAGCGGCUGCGCUGCAAUGGCGAGCGCUAGUUGACAGGCUCGGGCAGGAGAGAAUCCGUGUGACGCGGAGCCGCAUUGCCAGCAAAUGCUGCCAACCGUUGCUCGACUACUGCACCGCCCACUGCUGCACCGCCGUUCGGAAUGGGCAGUAG